AUUUGUGUAAAAUCGUUGUUGACGAAUUGAUGAAUGUAUCUCACUACCUUGAAGAAAUCUGCAAUUCUACAAACUGUCAAGAUCAUCAUAUGAUUUUUGUUUACAAACUAAAAUUCAUUCAUGGGUACAUUGAAUUUUAAAAAAUACUUACCAUGUCUGUAAAUCUUAAAGACUUACUAAUAAAGCAAUUAUUUGGCCUAAUAAAUGCCCCACUAGAAAUCAAAAAAGAUUCAUCUUUAAAUUGCCAUGUACUACAGACUCUAGAAAAGUGCCUUAAAUUUUGCCUAAAUCCACACGAAGACUCAAACGAUAUUAUUUUUGCAAUAAAAUUUGUUUUGAACUAUUUAUACGACGAACUCAAUACAGGCCAUUGGAGUAAAGUGCCUAUAGAAACCAGGCAAAACUAUACCAUAGCCUCUUUCGUUGAGGCAUUAUUGCUGCUGCAACUUUCCAAUAAAAUUGAUACUGAUUUACUACAGCAAUGCCUAAAAUCAGUAGAUAUGGGACUGCUUUUGGGUGCCCCAAUUAAUAAUAAUGAAGAACUUCUAACUGAAACAGCUAAAAUAAUUAGAGAACAAUUAGUUGAAGAACCAGUUGUUAUCAAUCAAGCUAAUACUGAUAAAGAGUGUAUUGUCAACAUUAUUGCUGAAAACAAAAUAGAAGAACUAGAAGUUCCUUCUCUAGAAACUUUCAUCAGUAAAUUCUUCAACCCACAACUGCCUUUAAAACUAAAAGGUUGCAUGACUCAUUGGCCUGCAACAACCAAAUGGCAAGAUCUCAACUAUUUACUCAAAAUAGCAGGAAAUAGAACAGUCCCAAUUGAAUUGGGAUCUCGUUAUACUGAUGAAGAUUGGGGCCAAAAACUAAUGACUCUAAGAGAUUUUAUUAAAGAGCAUUAUUUGUCUGAGCAUGGUAAUAUUGGAUAUUUGGCUCAGCAUAAUCUUUUUGAUCAAAUAAGCGAACUAAAAGAGGAUAUUAGGGUUCCUGAAUAUUGCUGCUGCAGCUUGAAUUAUGAAGAAUCUACUGAGCCAGAUAUAAACGCUUGGUUAGGGCCCAAAGGCACUGUUUCACCCUUGCACCAAGAUCCAAAAAAUAACAUUUUAGCUCAAGUGUAUGGCUACAAGCAACUGAUAUUGUUUUCUCCCGAGGAUACUCCUUAUUUGUAUCCCCAUGAGGAUACUUUGCUAUCAAAUACAGCUCAAAUUGAUCCAAUAAAUCCAGACUAUGAGAAAUUUCCUAAAUUCAAAUUAGCCAAAAUGUAUAAAUGCGUUUUGGGGCCGGGGGAAAUGCUGUUUUUGCCUGUCAAGUGGUGGCAUCAUGUUACUGCAUUAACUAAGAGUUUUUCUGUUAGUUUUUGGUGGCAAUGAAUUUUGUCUUUGUAAAGAUGUAUGAGACACUGGAAAAAAGUUCCAGGCAAGAAUUACCUACUCCUUCUUUUGAUUAUUGAUGCCAAAUCAAAAUACCAAUAGGUUAUUUAUAGUUUUUUAUUCAAAUAUACAACCCAAAAAAAAUCUUUCUUUUAUUAUUGUCUAUCUGCUAUACAGUUUGGUAUCAAAAAUGAUUAUGUUUUUCUACAAAGUAUGUGGAAAAUAUCUAAGUAUAUUACUCUAGUGAUUUCAUUAUAUUGUCAAAAAGAGUAUACCUAUAUCUGCCCCUAACUUCUAGAAGAAUUUUCCACAUGCUCAUUGAAAAAUAAUAUGUUCUAUGAAUGUUUUGAAUCUGUAUUAAUUUCCUCUUGUAUCACAUGAAAAUAAAGGCUGUAAUGUUUGUGUUAGUAUAAAUAUUUAUAACAGCCUUUCAUCAAUUUUCUAUUUACAAAGGAGUUAUUUCCGACCCUGAAGAAACCUUAUAUCAAACACCUUUUUGUGUGUGUAACGUUACAGUAGUGGUAGUCACUGGUGGAGGUUUGUUCAGCCCUCUAGCAGGAGUGGGGUCACCUAAAUUGAGGGUCCUCAACAGGGUGUUGCGAAAAUCCUCCGAGAAAAGACAGUAGAUGUAGAAGGUAAUUGAGUAGUUGGUCACUUCUAGAAGGUUGGCAAUUGCUCUGAAUACCUAUAUCAGAAUUUGGUUAGCAAUUUGAUUCAUUAUUGUUGAUAAAUAUGGUACCUGAUAAGGAUAUUUCAUUAAAUUAUUAUCAGAUAAAGUUACGUUGAGGAUAACCAUAGGGGUAACACAUACUAGAAAUAGUAUACUAGUUGACCCUAGGAGAAGUACCAGUCUGCGUUCUUCUGCAAAUUUUCUUGGGUCUUCUUCACCUGAUGUUGUUCUACAUAUAGUCAUUUUUCUACGUCUUUCGCAAGAUCUUCUACAAAAUAUCCCAACUUAUAAAGCCUAAAUAUUUAAAGCUACUCACCUAUAAACAAUUAGUAUCCUCAAAUUCAGUGCCGCCAACAAAACAACAGGUACAACCUUGAAAAUAAACUCCAGUAAAACUUUGUAGACGCUAUACACAGGGUGCGAUAUGAAUUGGGUGUUUUCGGUUCGUUGGUAGAUCAAGUGGCCUUCUGGCAGGAGCCUGCAAGUUUUCACGUAGCUCCUAAACAUGACAGGAAUGUAGAAAAUAAAGGUGAGGAUUGGGAUUAAGAUUACUGCCCGUAUGGGCGAGCCUAGGAUCGGACGCGCGUGUCCUGGGUGACACACGCUCACAUAACGUUCCAGGGUGAGAGCUAACAGCAUCAUUACACCUACUCCUAGACA